GUACAAUAUAUUUAUCAACCAAUCAUUUGGCUCAUUUUUCUUGAAUCUUUAUGGUAUUUAUACAUUUUGAGUAGCUUCUUGCAAUUAUUGGCGAAGAAAUAACAGACUUACGCUAAUUAUGGAAAAACCAACAGGUGCGCAAAAAAUAGAAAAUAUGUAUGAAUACCAUACCUGCGUUCGAAAUCUAACACAUGUUGCAGUUGUGCGGACAAGAUGUAAAGUAAAAUAUUUCCAUCAUUAUCUCGUUUUGGAUGUGGGUUUUUAUUCUGUUGACAUCAUACAUUAUACUCCUGGAAAUUAUGCAAAGAAAGCUCGAUCAGUGGCACGAGUUACUCGGCAGACGAUAAGAUUUGACGAAACUGAUUCAAAAUUACUAGAUUUUUCAGCUGGUGUAUUUUUCAUAACGAGGCAAGAGUACCCGUCGACUGGUGAUGAAAUGGAGAUGGCGUAUCUGAGAGCAAGUUAUCGAAGUGGAGAAGCUGAAUACAGCUUAACAAGCAAUAACUGUGAAUCAUUCGUCACGUGGGUCUUAACAGGUGAGGCUAAAUGUGAACAAUUUGAACAAAGUGGUGCAGGGAAAAGAAUUUUAAUGGAUGUUAUUGACAGUGGAAUAGAUCAUCGCAAUAAAGUUGUUAAAAACGGACAGUCUGAUCUACCAACGCGUUUGUCUGCGAUAUCGCUUGCAAAUGCAUUUACCAACUCAGGAGACGCACUUCUUGACAUUGCUGUGACCCGAAGUCUUAUUAAAGACCUAGCUUUACCGAAAUCUACCGCUGCGGCGUUAGCUGCCAAAGCAGGUGCAACAACUGCUGCUAAGGUCGGGCCUUCAGCUGUAGCCGCUGGUGUAUCGGCAGGCAUUACCGCUGCUGUUGCAGUUCCGGUAGAAGCUGUCUUCUGCGGAAUUGAUAUACACAAACUGAAUAAACAAAAGAAAAACGGUCUUAUUAGUGAAAAGGGUUUUAAAAGACAAGUUACAAAGAAAGUCAGUGGUUCCGCUUCUUCAGUUGCCGUAGCAACGGGUACUGGAUUUCUUGGAGCAUUCAUUGGUCAGAUUGUUUGUCCGAUUCCUGUAGUUGGAGGUGUUAUUGGGGGAACUGUUGGAGGCGUAGUAGGGAGUUUAGCGGGACGGGCAACAGGGUCUGUUGUAUCUGGUAAAAUCUUUGACGCAGUUACAGAUUGAUAGUAGUUUAUUGAACUAAUAUUUCAAUCCAAAAUCAAACCUAGACGUCGGUUAUCGUUCUUUUGUGUCGAAAGAAAGACUCUUUCUACGGAAAUACUGAUCGAAACCCGUGAUCGUUUCAGUCGCCACAAUACAAUGACAAUGGUAUCGAAUGAAAGAGGACGGAAAUUACAAAUUAAAGUUUUUUUU